CAUUAAUGCCAGGUCUACGUUGACAACAGAUUUAAAUGCUUAUUUAGCCAAGACUAGCAUAACCAGCCAUGGUAUUGGGUUUGGUUGGCUGCAACUGAUUCAAACAACAAAAAUCCAAACCCACCCUAAGAAGUUUCUCCCAGGCUACUGUGCAGAUUCCGAAAGAGAAAUGCUGGCGUUGACCUGGGCACAUAUGACCCAACUACUCAUGUAUAAAAGCACUCCCCAUGCUCCUAGACAAUUCAAGACAAAAUCCAGUUAUCCCAUAUCCUCUUCAACAAUCCGAACUAUCUUCACCAGUUAGCUCAAAUCUUAAGCAGUGGUUGUGGCGCCAGUGCUCAAAGAUCAGAAGAGAGGUUAAUUUUCAAGACAGAGAUAAGAAUGGGUAAACUAGUUGCAGCAAUAGGCAAGUUGCUCUGCUGUGUACAAGUGGACCAGUCAACAGUAGCCAUCAAGGAACGAUUUGGGAAAUUUGAGGAUGUGCUUGAUCCGGGGUGUCACUGUGUGCCAUGGAUUAUCGGAAGCCGUGUCAGUGGUAAGCUUACACUUAGGCUUAGGCAAAUGGAUGUUCGCUGCGAGACAAAGACAAAGGAUAACGUUUUUGUUACAAUUGUUGCAUCCAUUCAAUACCGAGCAAUGGAGGACAAAGCAAAUGAUGCGUAUUAUAAGCUGAGCAACCCAAAAUCUCAAAUCCAAUCUUAUGUCUUUGAUGUUAUCAGAGCAAGCAUUCCCAAACUACAACUGGAUGAUGUUUUUGAGCAAAAGAAUGACAUAGCAAAAUCUGUGGAGCAGGAGCUUGAGAAAGCUAUGUUUGCUUAUGGCUAUGAGAUUGUGCAGACACUAAUUGUUGAUAUAGAGCCAGAUGAAAAGGUUAAAAAGGCUAUGAAUGAAAUUAAUGCCGCUGCAAGAAUGCGUGUUGCGGCAAAUGAAAAGGCAGAGGCAGAAAAGAUCGUUCAAAUCAAGAGAGCUAAGGGAGAGGCUGAAGCUAAGUAUCUCUCUGGCCUUGGAAUUGCAAGGCAGCGUCAGGCAAUAGUUGAUGGCCUCAGAGACAGUGUGCUUGGCUUUUCUGGCAAUGUGCCUGGGACUUCCGCUAAGGAUGUGAUGGACUUGGUUCUGCUCACUCAAUACUUUGACACCAUGAAAGAGAUCGGUGCUUCAUCCAAAUCUUCUGCAGUUUUCCUCCCGCACGGCCCAGGUGCUGUUGCAGACAUUGCCAGUCAGAUUCGCAAUGGAUUUCUUCAGUCGUCCACACAUAAUGCCUGAACUGAACCCAUGUGUACAAGAAUUUGAAUUGGUGAGGUCAUUCCUACAGGCUCCUGGUUUGACAUAAGAAAAUGGUCCUUUAAGCGCGUGAUAAUAUUGUGUGAGUUUGUUUUUUUGAAACGUUAUUGUGUGAGUUUGUGACUUGUGAGAUAUCUACAAAAGCUUGUAAAAUGGUUUGUAUUUUAUAAUGUAUCAGCUAGUCCUUAGAUGUCCGUAGAUAAGUGCCUAAAUAUAUAGAAAAUGGAGCAUGGGGACUAAAGUGGAUGUAUUGAAUGAUUGUUGUGUGGCUAUACUUGGGCUUCUGAGAAAAUAUGUUUCCACAUCU